AUGGCUCACAAUUACGAUGUCGGAACAAGAGCAUGGCAGCCAGACCCUCAGGAGGGAUGGAUAUCCUCCGAAGUGGUGGACAGGAAAGUGCAGGGUGGCCGGGUGACACUGCGCUUUAUUUUGGCCAAUGAAGAGACAAAAUCGAUUGAGACAACAGAAGCCGCCCUUCAAGAUGGUUCCGACCCCUCACUGCCGCCUUUGAUGAAUCCUACAAUGUUAGAGGCAAGCGAAGAUCUGACGAGUCUAUCACAUCUGAACGAGCCAGCAGUACUCCAAGCGAUUAGGUUACGGUAUGCCCAAAAGGAGAUAUACACAUAUUCCGGGAUCGUCCUGAUAGCCACCAAUCCGUUUGCACGAGUGGACUCGUUAUAUGUACCACAGAUGGUGCAAGUAUAUGCUGGCAAGCAGCGUGCCUCGCAGGCACCUCAUUUAUUCGCCAUUGCUGAAGAGGCAUAUACUGACAUGCUGCGAGAUGCCAAAAAUCAAACGGUGGUAGUGUCAGGAGAAUCUGGAGCUGGGAAGACUGUAAGUGCCAAAUAUAUCAUGAGGUACUUCGCAACGCGAGGCACACCAGAUCAGCCGGGGAAGCAAUCCAUUGGGCGAGCGGACACGAUCAGUCAGACCGAAGAACAAAUACUGGCUACGAAUCCGGUAAUGGAAGCAUUUGGAAACGCGAAAACGACUCGAAACGACAACUCGUCACGUUUCGGCAAAUAUAUUGAGAUCAUGUUUGACGAACGCACAUCUAUCAUCGGAGCACGAAUACGAACGUAUCUUUUGGAACGGUCACGGCUUGUUUUUCAGCCAUUAAAGGAACGAAACUAUCAUAUCUUCUACCAGCUCAUUGCAGGUGCCACAGAUGAAGAGCGGGAAGAUUUGGGACUUCUGCCUGUCGAGCAAUUUGACUACCUGAAUCAAGGCGGAGAGCCUUUAAUCGAUGGAGUAGAUGAUCAAGCGGAUUUUGAAGCCACUAGGAAAUCCUUAUCAACAAUUGGUGUCACAGGUGAGUUGCAGGCAGAGAUUUUCCGGUUACUGGCUGCUCUAUUACAUCUUGGGAAUGUGACGAUUGCCACUACCCGGACAGAAUCCUCCCUUUCAUCAUCCGAGCCAUCCUUGGUUCGAGCUUGCGAUAUCCUUGGUAUCAGUGCAGCGGAUUUUGCGAAAUGGACUGUGAAGAAGCAGCUGACCACUCGGGGCGAAAAGAUCACGUCAAACCUUACUCCACAACAGGCCACGGUUGUUCGAGACUCGGUUGCCAAGUUCAUUUAUUCAAGCCUCUUCGACUGGCUCGUCGAGACGAUUAAUCAAGGACUUGCAACCGACGAAGUCCUACAAAACGUCAAAUCAUUUAUCGGAGUGCUUGAUAUCUACGGAUUUGAGCAUUUCGCCAAGAAUUCUUUCGAGCAAUUCUGUAUCAAUUAUGCAAAUGAAAAAUUGCAACAGGAAUUCAAUCAGCAUGUUUUCAAGCUGGAGCAGGAGGAGUAUAUGCGAGAGCAAAUCGACUGGACUUUCAUCGACUUCUCGGACAACCAGCCCUGCAUCGACCUCAUCGAAGGGAAAAUGGGGAUCCUGAUGCUUCUUGAUGAAGAGUCACGAUUACCAAUGGGAUCUGACGAACAAUUUGUCACGAAGCUCCACCAUAACUUCGCGGCAGACAAGCAGAAGUUCUAUAGGAAGCCUCGCUUCGGCAAGUCUGCUUUCACUGUGUGCCAUUAUGCCAUCGAUGUGACAUAUGAGUCGGACGGUUUUAUAGAAAAGAACAGAGAUACUGUUCCGGAUGAGCAGAUGGAUGUGCUACGAGCCUCGACAAAUCCAUUUGUCGUAGAAGUCCUUGAAGCCUCGUCUGCUGUGCGUGAGAAGGACUCUGCGGCUAUUGCAUCCAAAGCAGUUGGUGGUGGCCCGGGGCGACGUAUUGGUGUGGCAGUCAACCGCAAGCCGACUUUGGGUGGCAUCUUCAAGAGCUCUCUAAUCGAGCUCAUGAGUACCAUUAACUCGACCGAUGUGCAUUACAUUCGAUGUAUCAAACCGAAUGAGGGAAAGGAAUCAUGGAAAUUCGAAGGACCUAUGGUUCUUAGCCAACUGAGGGCCUGUGGUGUUCUCGAGACUGUUCGAAUAAGCUGCGCUGGUUAUCCGACCAGAUGGACGUACGAAGAAUUUGCACUCCGGUACUACAUGCUAUGCCAUUCUUCACAGUGGACAUCCGAGAUUCGGGAAAUGUGCCAUGCAAUCUUGCGAAAAGCUCUUGGGGAUAUCAGCCACCAGGCGCAGGAUAAGUAUCAACUUGGUCUGACCAAAAUCUUCUUUCGAGCUGGAAUGCUUGCCUUCCUAGAAAAUUUGCGAACAACUCGCCUCAGCGAAUGUGCGAUCAUGAUACAGAAGAACCUCAGAGCCAAUUACUGCAGAAAGAGAUACCUCGAUGCUCGCGCUUCCAUCCUGGCUUUGCAAGCUCUUUCGCGUGGUUUCGCUGCAAGGCUGAGAGCGGAUGAUGCGAGGCGCAUCAAGUCGGCAACGACCAUCCAGCGAGUAUGGAGAGGUUCCAAGGAGCGGAAGACUUACCAAGCGAUUCGCAACAAUAUCGUGCUCUUCGAAUCGCUGGCCAGAGGCUAUUUGCGCCGGCGGCAGAUUAUGGAUACAAGAUUGGGGAAUGCUGCGACCGUUAUACAACGAAGCUUUCGGACCUGGCGCUCUCUUCGAGCCUUCCGGCAAUAUCGUAAGAAGAUUGUCAUUAUACAGAAUCUUCACCGUGGAAGGAAAGCUCGCAAGCAGUAUAAGUCUUUGCGAGAGGAAGCGCGAGAUCUCAAGCAGAUCUCCUACAAACUGGAAAACAAGGUUGUUGAGCUCACACAGUCUCUUGGUACACUGAAGCGCGAGAACAAAUCCCUCAUUGCCCAGCUGGAAAGCUACGAAGGUCAAUUGAAAUCGUUUAGAAGCCGUCAGAAUGCACUCGAAGGCCGCUCACGAGAGUUGCAAGCCGAAGCAAAUCAGGCUGGUAUCACUGCAGCUCGAUUGACGGCGCUCGAAGAGGAACAUGCAAGGUUACAAGCCAGUCAUGCGGAGCACAUGGGUAACGCCAAACGACUUCAAGAAGAAGAGAAGACUCUGCGCGAGUCUCUUCACACAACGACGACUGAACUCGAGAGAGUUCGACAAAUGAAUUCGCAGCACGAGAAUGAAAAGACGUCUUUGCGGCAACAGAUUUCGGAAUUGCAAGAUCAACUCGAACUUGCCAGGCGAGCUGCUCCUGUCAUGAACGGUGUCAAUGGCGACUUCCAAAAUGGCAACGUCCCGCCGCCGGUCAACGGACUGAUCAAUCUUGUCUCAUCCAAAAAGCCGAAAAGGCGUAGUGCAGGCGCUACAGAGCGUGCUGAAAUCGACCGUGACAGUGCAGCAUACAAUCCUCGACCAGUGUCAAUGGCAAUUCCCGAUGCCUACUCCAAGAAUCUGUCCAGUUCGGCCUUGAUGCCAGGUCUGGAGUCAGUCGAGGUUGAACUGGAAAAUCUCCUCGCUGCUGAAGAGGAGUUGAAUGAUGAGGUCACAAUGGGACUGAUCAAGAACCUGAAAAUACCACUUCCUGGUAGCAAUCCGCCACCUACAGACAAAGAGGUGCUUUUUCCAGCCUAUCUCAUCAAUCUGGUCACCUCAGAGAUGUGGAAUAACGGAUUCGUCAAGGAGUCGGAGCGCUUCUUAGCCAACGUCAUGCAGUCCAUUCAGCAAGAGGUUAUGCAGCACGAAGGAGAAGAGGCAAUCAAUCCUGGCGCUUUCUGGCUCUCCAACGUGCAUGAAAUGUUGUCAUUUGUGUUCCUUGCUGAGGAUUGGUAUGAAGCUCAGAAGACCGACAACUACGAAUACGACAGACUCUUGGAAAUAGUCAAACAUGAUCUUGAAAGCCUGGAAUUCAACAUCUACCAUACAUGGAUGAAAGUGUUGAAGAAGAAACUGCAGAAGAUGAUCGUCCCCGCAAUUAUCGAAUCUCAGUCUUUACCAGGCUUUGUCACGAAUGAGAGCAACCGCUUUCUGGGGAAAUUUAUGCCCUCUAACAGCACGCCGGCGUACAGCAUGGAUAAUCUGUUGGGCCUGCUGAACAACGUUUUCAAGGCUAUGAAAGCUUAUUACCUGGAAGACACGAUCGUGACGCAGACUGUGACCGAGCUCUUGAGAUUGGUAGGUGUCACGGCAUUCAAUGACCUGCUGAUGCGACGGAACUUCCUCUCCUGGAAACGAGGCCUUCAAAUCAAUUACAACAUCACCAGAAUCGAGGAAUGGUGCAAGAGUCAUGACAUGCCCGAAGGAACGCUGCAGUUGGAACACCUGAUGCAGGCGACCAAACUGCUGCAGUUAAAGAAGGCCACCCUCAACGAUAUCGAGAUCAUUCAAGACAUCUGCUGGAUGCUAUCGCCCAACCAGAUUCAAAAAUUGCUUAACCAAUACCUCGUGGCAGACUACGAACAGCCCAUCAAUGGAGAAAUCAUGAAGGCGGUUGCCUCACGAGUGACUGAGAAGAGCGAUGUGCUCCUUCUCGCCGCCGUCGACAUGGAGGAUAGUGGACCUUAUGAGAUUGCCGAACCUCGGGCCAUUACGGCGUUGGAGACAUACACGCCUUCAUGGCUCCAAACUCCACGCCUCAAACGGCUGGCCGAGAUUGUCUCGGCACAGGCAAUGGCGCAACAAGAAAAAGCAGAAUAUCUUGAUGGUCCGAAUGGUGAUCUCGAUGGCCUCUAA